AUGGCUGCAGCGACUGAAGAUAUCAAAGACAAUAUAGUAAUUCUAGGCGCUACAGGGCCUAGCGGUUUACAGCUUGUUCAACAGGCGUUAGCACAAGGUUAUCAAGUAACAGCACUUGUACGAAAUCCAAAAAAAUUGGAACAUAUCGAAAGUAAAAACCUUCAGGUAGUACAAUGUGAUAUAAUGAAUCCAACGGAGUUAGCUAAACAUAUGAUAGGUCACACAGCUGUUUUAUCAGCUCUGGGUUAUCCUGGUCUUUCAAUAUGGUCAAUAACAUUUUAUGAAGAUUCAAUUAGAUCAAUAGUGUCAGCUAUGCGUACUGCAAAUAUUAAGCGAUUUAUAGGUAUGACUUCAAUGUAUUCAAAAUAUCAAUCAGAUUAUCCGUUUAUGGUUCGAUAUCUGAUCCGUCCAAUGUUAAGCCGUACUCUUGAUUCAAUGUUUAACAUGGAACAAUAUCUUGAAAAAGAGUGUCAAGAUUUAGAAUAUACAAUUGUUCGUCCACCUGGUUUAACUAAUAAUUCUAUUAUUGAACAAGACGUUAAAGUAUGUGAAAAUGAUUAUCAUUUUCCUGAUCAAUCCAUAUUAAUGAGUAUACCACGAGCAAAUGUAGCUCGCUUUAUGCUAGAUAUAUUAAAAGAUGAAAAGUAUAUUCGUCAAGGUGUUGCUAUUGGUAUGCCAAAACAUACUCUAUAA